AAAGCAGAAAGCAAACGGGCAAUCAUCUGGUGGCCCGUGAAACUUCGUGUUUCGUGUAGAAAAAAAGCUAACCACUUCGUAUUGCAAAUAACCACGAGCAAUAGGAACGUUAGGAGCUUCUCAUGUCCGCAUAGAAAAACACACUUGGCCUCGCGUCAAGCGUGUAGGCAAACAAUAUCGGCUGCCAUGUAUUUUCCGAUCCGCUGGCCGCAGAUCCUCAACAUUGACCGAGGUGCCAGUUCCAGUCUUGUGUGCGUCGCAUCUGACUACAACCGAUCCCUGUUUGCGGUGCUUGGCGAAGACAACAUCAGCAUCUGGCUCGAGAAGUUAUGCGUCCAGAUCGCUUGCCACGUCCAAACACCGGAGUCCCUCGGCAAGCACGGCCACAACGUGAAGGUCGUGUGGAAAAGGGACUCUUCGAUGUUGGCCAUCUUGACCACCAAAGGGCACCUUCUCCUGUACGACGUGAUCGUUGAUGAGUCGAGCCGGCCGCUCUUCGAGCAGUUGGACAGUAGCCAAGCAACUUUAAAGAGAGAAAGCGCCGAGCUCUUCGUGAAGGAUCGUGUUCUCCCGCUCAAGCUGGCUCCGUCGAGUCAUCUCUCUACCUCGGUGGAUGUUGCCAGCGUGCUCAACUUCGGAGACGAGCUUCUCGUGGCUUGCACGAGCGGCUGCCUCCUGCGGGUGGGAUGGGACGCUUCUCAGCGGCAGGAAUUGACCCUGGAUCUGCGGGACAUUCCGUUUGCCAGCGGAGGCUCCUCGUCUUCCCGUCCCAGCGGUCACGGAGAAUCUCUCGAGCUUAAGGAGGUUCAGUACCUGCCUCUGCUCGGCGCGUUGUCCGUCGUCUUCCGCAACGGGCGUGCAGCCGUCGUUCUCAGUUCCAGCCAUGAGUUUGAGUCCAAGGAUGCACACGCCGUGUGGAUUCCCGACGUCACGGAGGCGGUUGUCACCGCAGUGAAUCAUCGCUACCGCCUGGUAGCCUUUGGGCUUGCCAACGGCCAGGGAACGGUGUGCUACCUGGACGAGGCGAGCGGGCAGUUUGCACAUUCGCACCGUUUGGCGCUGUCGGCAAAGGACUUCCCGGAGGCCGGCACGGUGGCAGGCCCCGUCGGAGCGCUUCGCUGGACUCCCGACGGAGCGGCCCUCUUCCUGGCGUGGAGCAGGGGCGGCUUCUCGCUGUGGAGCGUCUUCGGAUCGCUGCUGGCCUGCUCCCUCAACUGGGAGGGCGCCCCGCAGGGAGGGCUUUCUCGCGUCGUCUCGGCGGAGUGGGGUGCCGAAGGCUACCACCUGUGGAUGGUGGCCUCUCCCAGUGGCGAGCCCCAGCAGCGAGAGGUCAUGCUCAUGAACUUUGUCAAGAGCGCCUCCACCGUCAACCCCGGUCCCAGCGGUGGCGGUCGACACGUGUUGCUUCAGGGGGCGGACCGCGUGCUCGUGAGUUCAGAGUCGGACCUCGCAGAGCGGGACGCACUCCGGUCGCAGGACGGAUCUCGCGGGAACAAGCACUGGACCGUGGAAUUGGUUCCUCACACCUAUCUGGCAGCCAAUUGGCCUAUUCGGUACUCCGCCAUCGACACGGAGUGCCAUCACGUUGCAGUGGCUGGGCGAGGGGGUUUUGCCCACUGCUCUCUCACCCACAACAAGUGGAAGUUCUUUGGCAACGAGACUCAGGAACAAGAUUUUAUGGUGACGGGUGGUCUGCUCUGGUGGCAGUCCCUGGUUGUCGUCGGCUGCAUAAACCUCCGCGAUGGUUCAGAUGAGGUACGCCUCUAUCCACGUUCGACCAAGCUGGACAACAUGUUUGUGCGGGUUUUACGGCUAGAGGCUCAGGUCCUUCAGUUGUCCCUCUCGGAAGAUAGGCUCUUGGUGUUUACGGCCGACGGACGCCUUGCCCUCUAUAGGAUACACCUCGGAGGACUCGAGCGGCUCCAGGAGCUUGACCUGGGUGGCCUGGUGCCCCACCCGCUGUGUGUGGUGUCGGCCACCCUGGCCCACCUGGGUGCGGCAGCCAAGUUGGGCGUCCUGCUCAACGUGUGCGGACGUCUGGUGCUGCUGCAGCAGGACCCGGCCUCCUCUGGCACCACCCCUGGCGGCGCCACUCCGGUGGGCGGGACGCCGCGCGGCGGCGGACGACUGGCCGCUCGUCACUGGAGUGCCCCAACCGUCCUCGCCUUCUGCGUCGAAAGGGUGUGGGUGGCGGACGGCCGUCCAGACCCCCGCAUGCCCCACCUGACGCAGGCGCUGUGGAUAGCCUGCGGGGUGCAGGGAAUGCAGGUCUGGCUGCCCCUCUUCCCCCCCGGCGGAAAUCCGGGUGGGGUCCGGCACGCCUUCAUGGCCAAGCGCAUCAUGCUGCCCAUCGCCGUGCACAUCUAUCCGUUAGCCGUGCUGUUCGAGGAGGCAGUCGUCUUGGGAGCCGAGAGUGACACGGCGUUGUGCGGCAGCGACACCUAUCCCCUCUGCGUCGUUUCCAAGUCGAGCCAAGUGUACCUCCACCCAAUCCUGCGGCAGCUACUCUGCAGGAACCUGGGCUACCAUGCCUGGGAGAUUGCGAGGAGCUGUGCAGAGCUGCCCUACUUUCACCAUUCCCUCGAACUGCUGCUUCACGAAGUGCUGGAGGAAGAGGCCAUGUCGUCAGAGCCCAUACCGGAUGCCCUCCUGCCCCGGGUGAUUGACUUCAUCCGGGAGUUCCCGGUGUUCCUCCAGACGGUGGUGCAGUGCGCCCGGAAGACGGAGCUGGCCCUCUGGCCCCACCUCUUUGCCGCCGUGGGGAACCCCAAGGACCUCUUCCAAGAGUGCCUGCUGCAGGGGCAGCUGGACACCGCGGCCUCUUACCUCCUGGUGCUGCAGAACCUGGAGGUUCCCUUGGUGAGCAGGCAGCACGCCACCUUGCUCCUGGGCGCGGCUCUGGACGGUGCCCGGUGGACGCUGGCGAGGGACUUGGUGCGGUUCCUGCGGGCCAUCGACCCCGCCGACACCGAGACGGCACCGCCCCGAUCCCCGACGGGCCCCUCUACGGACGAAGACACGGUGAAUCAGGUGUUCAUGGAGGUGAUCUUGUCUCGCCAUGCACGCAAGCUUCUAGCUGCCGGGCAGCUACGAAAACUAGGCUCCUUUGCUGCCCACCUGGACUUCCCUCUCGAACCCUUCUUGGAGAAGGAGAGACUCCGAGCGGCACGAGUGGACGACUUCGUGGUUGCCCUGAAGGCGGUGCACACCGACUUCGAGUGGCCCCUCCCCCAAAGCGUCGCGGCCAGUCCCACGGGCAGCGUGGCCUCCAUGGGCAACGAGGAAGCCCCGCCCGCUCAGCGUAACGGGCCGGAGGCUCCGGGAGGGGGCGGGACCAACGCGGCGGUGACGCGCGGUUCGCCGGCCGACUCGGAGAGCACCUCCGAGGAGAGCUGGUGGGCGGAGGAAGAGGAGGUCUCCGCCCCCGUGGGCGUGGCCGAGUGGCGCGGACCGCCCCAGGCCGAGGCGCAGGCUCGGCACUUGCUGCAAGCGCUGGGAAAGGCACGCUGCUGCGACUGGGCACUUCCCCUCGCUCUGAUGCUGGGAGAUUGCCUGGUGGCGCCCCUGGUGGCACCGCCUGGAGCGCUGGACAAGCUCCUACUCUGGGCCUCGGCCGAGUGCCCGGGCUACCUGAGCCUCCUGCGGCAAGUCCAAGGCGGCAGGGUCCUAGAAGAGGCCCCGCCGGGGGCAACGUCCAACGGCUACCCCCAGCGUAGUCCCGUGCAUCCACGCAGAGUGGCCGUCACGAGCGCCCCGGAGAAUCCGGAGGACGAAGGUUGUCGGGUGGCGUAGCCUCCCCCGCUCUCCGCAAACUCUGUCAUCAAUGCCAUCAUCGUCGUCAUCGUAGACUUUUCGCUCAAAGUGUGGCACGGGUUGCCGAACAUUCUCAAAGUAGUGUCAGAUUUGGGGAAAAAAAAUAAUGGAGGUUCGAGAUUGGUUACUCGAGACGGUACCGGAGCGCCUUGUUUUCACCGUCUGCUUCUUUGACUUCUUCGGCGUUUUCCUAGCGUUUCAGAAUGGACGUACGCUGAGACGCUUGCGAUGCAACAUGAGCUCCAUUUAAGCUCUCGAUACGACGAUUCAACGCUUCUGUCAUCAUACGAGGGCAAGUGGAAUUUGGGAGCUUUUUGUUUUUGUUCUGUGAAUGUUUGGCGACUCGAGUGUGAGGGGUGGGUUUCUUGAUUUUUGUUCACCAGCUCUCUCAUCAUCACCUUGGACAUAGACUCGCUCAUUAUAAAUGGGGUUUUGGGGGGACGGCCGGUGGACUUGCUCAGCAAUCUUGCACUCACUGCCGACCAGUGAUCGUUCGUGCUGAACGCAUUGGGGAAGGGUGUUGUGUGUUGGUUGAAUGCUCGUUUGUUACGGUUGUACAUUCUCCUGUUUCAUCGUUUUUAUACAGCAUUCCAGUAUUUGUCUCGUG